GAGAGAGGAGGGAGCAUGGCGCAUGCGCGGCUCUUCCUGGCUGCUGCCCUCCUCACCUGGGGCCUCGCCGGAGGCUCCCGGGACCCGGAUGAAGCGGUCUGGAGGGUCCGAAGGGGCUGGACCAUGCCGGGCACGCUGUGGUGCGGAGCCGGGCACUCGGCGGGCAACUUCUCCGACCUGGGGGUUUUCCAAGGUCCGGACGUAUGCUGCCGCGAACACGAUCAUUGUGAAGCGCAGAUCCCUGCCCUGGGCUACCGGUACGGGAAACGCAACCUUCGACUGCACACCAUCUCACACUGCGAUUGUGACUCGAGGUUCCGGCGCUGCCUCAUGAACCUCAAUGAUGCCAUCUCCAACCUGAUCGGUGCCAGCUUCUUCAACCUACUGGAAAUCCCCUGUUUCGUGUUGGAGGAGAGUGAGGAGUGCAUUGAGUGGCAUUGGUGGGGCGGGUGCAAGGAAUAUGGCUCCGUGCCCUUGGCUCACUUGGUCCAGCAGAGCCAUUACCAGUCCCUUACGCCAACCACCAAGCAGCCUAGGCUUGCCACCCAGCCAUCCCGACAUGGAAGGCGUCGACAGAAAGGCCGGAAGCAGAAGCUCCACUUGGAACCCAGUUCCGAACCAGAUUGGCAACCCUCCCCAGCGGUCACAGCCUCAGGCCUGGCACCCAGAUUUGGCACUCCGUUAGAACCAGACCAAUUGAAGAUGACAACAGCUGGCAUUUUGCCAACGGAACCCCCUAAGGUCCAGAAAGAGGAGGCCACCUUGGAUGCUGGGAGGCAUAGUUCUGCUAUCAUCCCUGGGAGCCGAGACAUGGCGCAAAGUUGCAGCUGCUACCGGCGCCUGGACCAGUGCCCUUACCGGAUCGGGCCCCAUGAGAUCAAGUACCAGCUGCACAACAUGGAUUCCCGAACCCUCUUUCACUGCAAUUGUACCCGCCGGCUUGCCCGCUUCAUGCGUCGGAUGAAGGGCCUCAAUGAAGUGGAAGGGCAAGUCUUGUCCGACUAUGUCUCCACCUCUUGCUUUGUCUUGGAGACUCCACCAGAAUGUCAGAAUGGCCAGCAGCAGCAGCCCAAUUGCAUUGGUGUUGGCAGAGCCCACCUGGCCCCCGCCCGGCACCUCACCAACCAGCUGACAGACAAGCUGUGGGGCAGCUCCCUCAAGGUGAAGCGUCAGGAACAGCGGGCCCCCGACCGACCCCUCCGGCUCUUCAGUAAAUGUCGGCAGCUGGCACGAGCUGCCCGCCGUGCGGUGCCUCACCAAACCUAAGAAGAUGUCUUGGUCUUCAUUUGCUGGGAUGCCAUUGUGGCAAACCCUGGCACCUUCAUGGACUGAGCCCCACGGGGACCCCCCUUUGAGGGCCGCUGCAGCUGAACCCUUUUGCCCAUGGCACCGGUGGGCAUAAUAAGACAAUCCCUUGUUGCGGACCAAGGGCUGCCCUCUCAAAAUGAGCAGUCAUUGCUUCUUGGACUUGGUGAAAACGAAGGGGGAGCAGAAGCUGGUGAUGGGGGCAACUUGGAAGUUGGAGAGCCGCUUGUUUCCAGAAAGCCUAUAACUCCUCAGCCUCUAUGGCAGCUUGGCAUAUGUCAGUUGCUCACUGGUGCAGGUGGGUGAAUGGGAAAGGAGGGCAAGCACAGACCAGGGUUGGCAUCCAGCAGCACACCGUAUGUUUGUUGGACUACAACUCCCAAAGUAGGCUGCCACCCAGCUGGAGAGCCUUAUUAUGCCCGCCCUGGUGUGCCCUUUGGGGCAUUUCUAAAUGUUACAACCCUCGCCAGUCUGGCAGAGGGUGCAGAAUGCUGGGAGUUGUAGUCCAGCAGCAGAAGUGGCAUGCCAUUCCCACUCUUUUUGCAGAAGUCUUUUGUACCACUGUACUUUUCACUUCUGGUACGGAAAGCAGAGCGGGCACUCUGCGCUUUUUGAAUAAUUUAUUAGGAGGAGGUCGAAUGGUUGCCUUUUAGACAACAGAGCAUUAAAAGCCUUUUUUGCACUGGG